AUGAGCAACCAGGACAAAUGGGUCACUCUGACCCCGGCUGAGUUCGCCUUGUUGCAGGAAUACACCCAGUACUCGACUAAGAAGCUGAAGGAUGUGCUGCAGGAGUUCCAUGGAGAUGGCGUGUUGGCUAAAUACAACCCAGAGGAGAAGCAGGAAAUCCUCACGCAGGAGAUUGACUUUGAGGGCUUCAAGGUCUUCAUGCAGACGUUCCUGGAAAGUGAACUCCCCGAAGAGUUCUGUCAACACCUCUUCAUGUCGUUUAGCAACAAGGGACCCAAACCCAGUCCCUCAUCCUCUGACAAACCUCGAGUCUCUGGCCUGAAGCUGAUCAAAGGCAACUCGACCCCUCUGAAGACGCCCGCCCUGCCCCGGCCUCUGGAAACAGUGCAGCUCAAGGACAUCGUGUGUUACCUGUCGUUGCUGGAGGGCGGGCGUCCCGAGGACAAGCUGGAGUUCAUGUUUCGCCUCUAUGACACAGACGGAAACGGGUCUUUGGACAGCUCGGAGCUGGAGCACAUUAUCUCCCAGAUGAUGCAUGUGGCCGAGUACCUGGAGUGGGACGUGACUGAGCUGAAACCAAUCCUUCAGGAAAUGAUGCGAGAGAUCGACUAUGAUCACGACGGCACCGUGUCCCUGGGCGAGUGGAUCCAAGGAGGUCUGACCACCAUCCCACUGCUGGUCCUGCUGGGCCUGGAGACGAACGUGAAAGACGACGGGCAGCAUGUGUGGCGACUGAAGCACUUCAACAAGCCGGCCUACUGUAACCUGUGUCUCAACAUGCUAAUUGGACUGGGGAAGCAGGGACUCUGCUGCUCGUUCUGCAAGUACACAGUCCACGAGCGCUGCGUGGCUCGUGCGCCGCUGUCUUGCAUUAAAACCUACGUCAAGUCCAAGAAAAACACAGAGGUAAUGCAUCAUUUCUGGGUGGAAGGGAACUGCCCCACCAAGUGUGACAAGUGUCACAAAACCAUUAAGUGUUACCAGGGCCUGACUGGGCUCCACUGUGUGUGGUGUCAAAUCACGCUCCAUAACAAGUGUGCCUCCCAUGUGAAACCCGAGUGUGAUUGCGGACCCCUGAAGGAUCACAUCCUGCCCCCAAACUCAAUCUGCCCCGUCGUCCUGGAACGGCAGUCAACGCUGAGGAAAGACUCCCGAUCCAGCCAGUCCAGCCGAGGGAAGAUGCAAAGAGCCAACUCGGUGACCGUCGACGGCCAAGGCCUGCAGAUCACAACAAUAGAGGGCACUCAUCCUCUGCUAUUGUUUGUCAAUCCGAAGAGCGGGGGGAAGCAGGGAGAGAGGAUUUACAGAAAGUUCCAGUAUCUCCUGAACCCGAGACAAGUCUACAACCUGGCCAAGAAUGGGCCCAUGCCGGGGUUGAACUUCUUCAGAGACGUCGCCGACUUCAGGGUGCUGACCUGCGGAGGCGACGGCACCGUAGGCUGGAUCCUGGACUUCAUCGAUAAGGCCAACCUGGACAGGAACCCCCCCGUGUGCAUACUUCCUCUUGGCACGGGCAACGACCUGGCAAGGUGUCUGCGAUGGGGAGGAGGCUACGAGGGCGAGAGCCUCCUGAAGAUCCUGCGGGACAUCGAGAACAGCACGGAGGUGAUGCUGGAUCGCUGGAAGAUCGAUGUCACGCCCACAGACAAGGAGGAGCGCGGCGACCCAGUGCCUUACAGCAUCAUCAACAACUACUUCUCCAUCGGAGUGGAUGCCUCCAUCGCACAUCGCUUCCACGUGAUGAGAGAAAAGCACCCUGAGAAGUUUAACAGCAGAACAAAGAAUAAGCUGUGGUACUUUGAGUUCGGCACUUCGGAGACCUUCUCGGCCACAUGUAAGAAGCUCCACGACUUUCUGGAGGUUGAGUGCGAUGGCGUUACUCUGGACCUCAGCAGCAUCUCCUUGGAAGGCAUUGCCAUUCUCAACAUUCCCAGCAUGCACGGCGGCUCCAACCUCUGGGGAGAGAGCAAGAAAAGGAGGGGCAACCGCAAAGGAGGGAAAAAGGGCCAAGACAAAAGGACGCCGGUGCUCGACCCCAAAGAACUCAUGUUUGCAGUUCAAGACCUGUCUGACCAGCUCCUGGAGGUCGUAGGUCUGGAGGGAGCCAUGGAGAUGGGUCAGAUCUACACCGGCUUAAAGAGCGCUGGGAGACGCCUGGCGCAGUGCUCCUCGGUGACCAUCAGAACCAGUAAAUCUCUUCCCAUGCAGAUCGACGGUGAGCCCUGGAUGCAGACUCCCUGCACUAUUGAGAUCGUCCACAAAAACCAGGCUCCCAUGCUGAUGGGCCAACCGCAAGGUCGGAGCUUCUUCUCCUCGGUCAUCAGACGAACGCGCACCGAGAGCAAAGACUGA